UCCGCGUUUAGUGAAUUGUGAAACUGUGCAAUAGAAAAGUGGAUUACUGUGAAUUUGUGGUUAGACUUCAGCAAUGGUUGAACCAACCCUCAAGCUAUCGAACGGACCAGGUGCCCUCUGUAAGGUAUGCGGCGAUCGAGCGUCGGGUAAGCACUACGGAGUUCCAUCCUGUGACGGUUGCAGGGGCUUCUUCAAGCGUAGCAUCAGAAGAAAUCUCGAAUAUGUGUGCAAAGAGGGUGGAAAGUGCGUUGUCGACGUAUCAAGACGUAACCAGUGCCAGGCAUGCCGAUUCUCAAAGUGUUUGCAGGCAAACAUGCGUCGUGAAGCCGUUCAACACGAGCGCGCCCCUCGCAAUUGUGCACCACUAGCAGCGCUGAAUGGAAUAAAUCCUUCCGAUUUCUACUCUUCCCGGCCCUUCACGAUGCCACAGACAAAUCUGUUUUUUCCGCUCCCUCUGCACAUAACAGCAUCGUCGGCAUUCACCCCCAUGGAUCCCACCCGCUUUAUGUCACCCUACGGGGGGGCAACGAUGUUUGAUCACUUUCCGCCGACGGCAUUCGCUGCAUCCUCGGUGCCACCCAUGGCCAAUCUGAAGUGCGACAAAUCCAUUUCAGAGUCGAUUUUUUCCAAGAUUGCCGGUGAUACGGCGCCGCUUCAACCACCACCAUCGUACACCAUCAGCUCCAUCCUGAAUUCCAGCGUUACCGCCAAGGAAAAUGAAGUCAGCAGUUCCGAGGAAACUGUCAGCCAACCGCCGACCGAGAAGUCGGAAACGGACAUGCUACUCGAAACUGCGGCUAAGCUGCUCUUUCUGGCUGUAAAGUGGGCCAAAUCGGUGCCAUCGUUCCUGCAGUUGCCAACCGCCGAUCAGAAGGUGCUGCUUGAGGAAUCGUGGGCGGAGCUGUUCGUCAUCACCGCCGCCCAAUGGGGACUGCCGAUCGAUAAUGAUUUCAUCACCCGCAACCCCUCGGCAAGGAAGCUUCAUGCUGUCAUACAGCAGUUUGCUCUGGCACGGGUCGACUAUAGGGAAGCAGCAUGCCUGAAAGCAUUAAUCUUGUUUCGAUCCGAAAACUCAAAUCUCUACUCGGCCCACGAAAUUCUCCUGCUGCAAGAUCAAACCAUAAGCCUGCUGCACGAAAAAUGCGGGGGCGUCCGGCUGGGACAUCUGCUGCUACUCCUGCCCUGCAUCAAAUCGGCAGCGAAUCCCAAAACCCUGCAAGAGAUGCUGUUUCGAAAAACCGUUGGCGAGGUAGCCAUCGAACGAUUGUUGGGGGAUUUGAUGAAAACUUAAAUACCUAUACCUACGUAAUUCGGAUAUCAUUCUAGUCAUGUAGCGUUUAUUGGAUGUGAUUCAAAUGCAUUUUAUUGUGGUAGACAGAUAGCAAUAAAUAUUGGAACGGUUUACUCAACCUCUUCCUUGA